GCGACCUAUAGAUGAGUUCGUUUAACCAAAAUUAAGACAAAAAGUAGUCUAUUAAAGUGGUGACAGGUUAAGUUAAUUUUAUAAUAUCAACUUUUUAUCAAACAAUUGGAUAUACCGUUGAGAAUGAUGCACAUUGACUACUCGUUGACUACACGUUGCAAAUGUCGAAACCUCUCUCUCUCUCCCCCUUUAAAUAUGUAUCUCACUCUUUGCUUCUUAGCUACAUUUACAUUUUCUCAGUCUCACAAAUCAAACAAAAGAGAGAGGCACACAGCUAUGAACCGACAGAGUUUGAAGAGAUUUCAGUUCCGUAGAUGGGGAAAACGAAUCGGAAGCUCAACCACGACGGCCUCAACUAAGCUAGGAAACGCAGAGGAAAGAACAAUUGUGGCGUUUGCGUUCUCAUCAUCAUGUUUUGGGAAACCUCCUCGCGUUCUCGUGAAGCAGUUUGUUUGGAGGUUGAAAUCGCGUUUGAGACUGUCGAGGAAGAUUGAUAAUCAUAAUAUUCAGUGCAGCUACGAUCUCCGGAGCUAUCAUCUGAAUUUCGACGACGGUUGGUCCCGUCGACGAUAGUUUUAAUUUCUAUGGAUAUAUUAUAUUUAUGUAUCUUUAUCUAUGGAUAUUGUCUUGUUUUGUACAUAUUAAAAGUCCCAAUCUAAAAACACUUUGGUUAUCUUCGUGUUUAGUUUUCGCACGGAAGAAAAUUGCAAGAUCAUUUUUGUUCAUAGGCUUUUUAUUUUUAUUUUGGUUCAGAUCCAUAUGCUUUGUAUAUUGUGUCGAAUAUACGGAAAACAUAUCUUAGAAAGA